AUGGAAGCCUUCAGCCGGACUGGGGGCUCUACUCUGUACGAGGAACCGGAGCUCUCGUGUCAACUCUCUGUCUCGUUAGACCCACAGCUGUUUCGGCCCAUCGAUGAAGACUCUAUGUCCCCAGUGGGCCCCUGCGUGUCUCCAGAACCAGUGUUCAUCAGAGAGCCGGUGUUUCCUAGAGAGCCUGCAUACACCAUUAAACCACAGUACAUCAGACCAGCAACGUUUGCCACGAGACCACCAUUCAACAGACAACCACCGUUUGCCAUGAGCCCACAAUUCACUCACGACCCAACAUUCCCCACAAGAAAAGAGUUAAGCAGAGAACCCCAGUUAACCACCAAAGAGUGCGUCACAGAACUGGAGAGCACCGUAAAAAAAGAGUACAUUACAGAAGCAGAGUGCGCCAUAAAGCAGGAGUAUCUCGCAGAACCAGAGUUCACUUCAGAACCAGAGCACAAGGCAAAUCUCCCCGCUGCCAUCAGCCCGCUGGAGGAGACGCACCCAGACCACGGCUUCAGUACAGGGGAUGAAGAGGAGGAGGGAGAGCGGGGGGAGGAGGAGCUGGUCCCUGAAGAUGCCAGCACCCCUCUCUCAUCCUCCUCUCGAAGGGAACCCCCAAAGUACUGCUGCGACGAGUGUGGGCGUCACUUCCCCAGCGGCGGUGGACUGAAGCGGCACUCGCGGACACACACUGGGGAACGACCCUUUGUGUGCACCAUCUGUGGCCGCGGCUUCAACCAGAUUGGGAACCUCAAAACACACUACAAAGUCCACCUGGGUAAGAAAGGCUCUUUAGACUACGGCAGCGUGAGCGCCAUUAUGAACAUGUCUGCGCUCCCAAAGCCGCCCCCUCCUCCCCGUCGCGCUCCCUCCACCUUUGAAGAGGAGAUCUUCUUCUGCCGCCGCUGCUCCAUCGAAUUUGAGGAGAAGAGCCAGCUGGAGGCGCACAUGCGCAUCCACAUCAAGCCCAAGCCCUAUUCGUGCCCAGACUGCGGCAAGAAGUUCAUCACAGAGAAGUAUGUGGCAGUGCACCGCAGAAUCCACACCGGGGAGCGGCCCUACCAGUGCUCCCAGUGCGAACACGCCUUCACCACCAUGAACAAUCUGAAGACACAUAUGACACUGCACACCGGAGAGAGGCCCUUCAGCUGCUCGUUCUGCAACAAGAGCUUCCGCGUCAAGACCCAUCUGAACAAGCAUUACGAGGUGCACCUGAAGACGCGGCCCUACAUCUGCUCCGUGUGUGGGAAGAGCUACACACGCGCAGAGGGCCUCACCGAGCACUUCCGCCUCCACACAGGGGAGCGGCCCUACGUCUGCUCUGAGUGCGGCAAGAGCUUCAGCUACCGCCAGGGCCUCCUGCAGCACAACCGCACACAUGCAGGCAAGCGCAUGGGCCCGACGCGCCAGCUAGGCCGCCCCAAGGAGCAACCCAACCCGGAGUAG